UAGUUCCCGACCUAUAUAAACAACACACCUAUGUCCGCUUCACCUCGCGCUCCAGGCUCCCAAGUUCAAAUAAACCUCCAGAGCCUCUUCCCCGGCCGACCGCGCACCGCGUUCUACGUACAAUGGCCUCCGCCACGACGACGCACCACCGCGGCAGCCACGCCAUUCUCCGCCUGGCCGCAUUCCUUCUCCUGGCCUCGGCUUCGGCCACAGUACUGGCCGCCGGCAGCAGCAGCGCCUGCGAGAGCGAGAAGUUCCCGGCGGGCCGGAGCUACGCGACGUGCGCGGACCUCGGGGCGCUCGGGGCCACGCUGCACUGGACCUACGACGCCUCCACCUCCUCCCUCUCCGUGGCGUUCUCCGCCAAGCCGCCGCCGGGCUCGGCUGCCGGGGCCGGCUGGGUGGCCUGGGGCGUCAACACGGCCGGCGACGGCAUGAAGGGCGCGCAGUCGCUCGUCGCCUUCAAGUCCAGCGGCUCCUCCGCCUACGCGGUGAACACGUACAACCUCACGGGCUACCGCCCGCUGGGCGCGGCCUCGACGCCCAUCGACUUCAAGGCCACGGGCCUCGCCGCCGACGCGAGCGGCGCCGACGGGAAGGUGAGGAUGUACGGGGUCCUGCAGCUGCCCAAGGGCACGGAGGCCGUGAACCACAUCUGGCAGGUGGGGGCCGCGGUGAACAACGGCGCGCCGGCCAAGCACGCGUUCGCGAAAGAGAACCUGGAAGCCAAGGGCAGGCUCCGGCGGCUGGGGGAGAGGCCGUCGAGGCUGCGGGUAGUAACGGUAACGUAGGGACGGGGAAGGCGUCGCCGGCGCCGUCUGGAGGGAAGUCGUCGUCCUCGGCUACCGCGUGCAGCACCUUGGCUGCGGCGGUGAGCAUGCUUCUGGCAUUGGGGGGUUUCUUGGCCAUUGUAUGAUCGAUCUCGGUUGGAUUGAUGAUUUGUCCCGGGAAGGAAGAAAGUAGUGGUAGGAUCGAGCUAGUUUUCAUUGUUUGAACACUGAUAUAAUUUUCCUUUUGGUUUUUAUUGUUUCUCUGGGUUGAAAUAAAAGUGAUUGCCGUAUAUUGUGGGUGCGUGGUGUUGAUUCAGGGGCUUACGUGUUCAGUCACGGUGUUCUUUGAGUGUUUGUGAGAGAGUGGUUGCUGGAUCAGUUUUGGUCAAACCUUUGACCUGCAUUCAAUUUUAAGCUAAGUGAAUAUGUACUGUAUUCCUUUUCA